AUGAUGUUGCUCUUCGUAUACGUGCUCUACAAGGAGAAGGGCGAGCGCGGAUUUCGCGGCGCCGUGCUGCAGGAGUAUGCGGCAGUCCAGGCCUCCUCGCUCAAGAUGCAGAUGGGCGCGCAACAGGUCCGGCUUACGAAGCUCAAGCGGGAGAACGACCGGCUGAAGGAGCAGUGCCAGAUAUUAGAGAAGAUAGUUGAAAGAAGAAAGAAAACAAAAGAGAUGGGAGGACGGCACGCCGCCACCACACAGGGAUAA